ACGAGGAAGAAGGAGAGAAAACAGUGACUAAGGUUCAACUCGUCCCCAUGCUACCAACACGGAACGAGGAAGAAGGAGAGAAAACAGUGGUAAGGUUCAACUCAUCCCCAUGCUACCAACACGGAACGAGGAAGAAGGAGAGAAAACAGUGAUUAAGGUUCAACUCGUCCCCAUGCUACCAACACGGAACGAGGAAGAAGGAGAGAAAACAGUGACUAAGGUUCAACUCAUCCCCAUGCUACCAACACGGAACGAGGAAGAAGGAGAGAAAACAGUGAUUAAGGUUCAACUCCUCCCCAUGCUACCAACACGGAACGAGGAAGAAGGAGAGAAAACAGUGACUAAGGUUCAACUCAUCCCCAUGCUACCAACACGGAACGAGGAAGAAGGAGAGAAAACAGUGAUUAAGGUUCAACUCCUCCCCAUGCUACCAACACGGAACGAGGAAGAAGGAGAGAAAACAGUGACUAAGGUUCAACUCAUCCCCAUGCUACCAACACGGAACGAGGAAGAAGGAGAGAAAACAGUGAUUAAGGUUCAACUCCUCCCCAUGCUACCAACACGGAACGAGGAAGAAGGAGAGAAAACAGUGACUAAGGUUCAACUCUUCCCCAUGCUACCAACACGGAACGAGGAAGAAGGAGAGAAAACAGUGACUAAGGUUCAACUCAUCCCCAUGCUACCAACACGGAACGAGGAAGAAGGAGAGAAAACAGUGAUUAAGGUUCAACUCGUCCCCAUGCUACCAACACGGAACGAGGAAGAAGGAGAGAAAACAGUGACUAAGGUUCAACUCAUCCCCAUGCUACCAACACGGAACGAGGAAGAAGGAGAGAAAACAGUGAUUAAGGUUCAACUCCUCCCCAUGCUACCAACACGGAACGAGGAAGAAGGAGAGAAAACAGUGACUAAGGUUCAACUCCUCCCCAUGCUACCAACACGGAACGAGGAAGAAGGAGAGAAAACAGUGACUAAGGUUCAACUCAUCCCCAUGCUACCAACACGGAACGAGGAAGAAGGAGAGAAAACAGUGAUUAAGGUUCAACUCCUCCCCAUGCUACCAACACGGAACGAGGAAGAAGGAGAGAAAACAGUGACUAAGGUUCAACUCCUCCCCAUGCUACCAACACGGAACGAGGAAGAAGGAGAGAAAACAGUGACUAAGGUUCAACUCGUCCCCAUGCUACCAACACGGAACGAGGAAGAAGGAGAGAAAACAGUGACUAAGGUUCAACUCAUCCCCAUGCUACCAACACGGAACAAGGAAAUGCAUAUCUAUCAUCUUCUAUAUGUAUCUUGUUGA